AAAUAUUUUAAAAUCCGCCUGUGAAUUGGUUCCGUGUUUCCAUGCAGAUAUUUUAAAAUCCGGCUGUGAAUGGGUUCGAGUCCGUGUCUCCAUGCUCCAAAGAUAUUUUAAAAUCCGACUGUGAGUCCGUGUCUCCAUGCUCCAAAGCUCAUAUCUUUGUUCGUCUUCGUAGAAAUUCCGAAAUUCCACCUCUUAGAUGGCUGAUUUAUUGAGAAAUAGGCUGCAGGGUGCUCUAGAUUUUUUAUAGUUUCCCUCUUGGAUCGAUUCCCCUUGUUUUCCCCUUCCAUUUGGUGAAGCGGUGGUCUCGUUGUAUCGAUCGAUUUGGUUGUAGUUGCGAGCUGUUGUCUCUUCUUUAUUUGAUUCGUGUUGAUAUGGAUCACAUUGCCUCUGUGGUUGGUUCUGUGGCUCCCUACGUGGUAGUUCCUAUUGUCCGCCAAUUCAAGUAUUUAUUCCUGCUCAACGAUAAUGUCAAAGCUAUUGUUAAUGCCAUGGAUGAACUAAAAGCCAAGAGGGAGAGCAUAGAGAGAGACAUCCAAAACGCUGAGCGAGAAGGCAAAGAUUGCUCCCCUGAAGUGGCGCUUUGGCUUCAAAAGGUUGAAGCCAUUGAACGUGAAGUGUUGGCCAUAAAACAAGCAUAUGACCAAAGAAAAAAGUGCAUUGGAAUCACUUCACUCAAUGUAGUUUCUAACUAUAAGAUCGGCAGACAAGCUUUCAAGAAGAUAGAGGAGGUGAAGCAUUUGCUGAACAAAGAUUUUAAGUUUGAAGAUGUAGCCAAGAAAUUACCUCCGGGUCAUGGAAGUGAGCUUCCAACUCCUUCGACGGUUUUCAGUGUGGUGUCCAUGCUUGAGGUGAUAUGUCUCUAUCUCAAAGAAAACAUGGCAGGGAUCAUCGGGAUAUGGGGCAUGGGAGGCGUCGGCAAAACCACACUUUUAAGAAGCAUCAACAAUGAAUUAGUUCACAACAAAGAUGACAUGUUUGAUCAUGUCAUUUGGGUUGUGGUUUCUCGGAAUAAUGCUGAAAAGAUUCGAUCUGAUCUUGCUUAGUAUUUGGGAUUGUCAUCUGCUGAUGCUGGUGCUAUUUGCAAUUUCUUGAGGAGAAAGAGUUUUCUGUUGCUGCUAGAUGAUCUCCGGAGCUCACUUGAUCUUGAGACGAUUGGAGUACCUGACAUUCGGCACCAUGCUCAAGACAAGAAGAAGAGGAUGGUGGUUUUCACAACACGGUCCGAGGCAAUUUGCGGUAGCAUGGAAGCUAAUGAGAAGAAAAAAAUGGAGUGCCUGGAUGACAAUGCAGCAUGGAGUUUGUUCAAAGAGAAAGCCGGUAAAGAACUCAUUGCAUCUGAUAAACAAAUCCAACAUCAUGCAGAGGAUAUCACAAAGAAAUGCGCUGGACUUCCGCUUGCUCUUGUCACCGUAGGCAAAGCGAUGUCGACUAAGAAGACACCUGGAGAAUGGGAGUAUGUUGCCACCAUGAUGAGGAAGUCCAAAUAUCAGAACAUUCCAGGUAUGAAGGAAUCAAACUUCUUUCCUAUUUUAAAGAUCAGUUAUGACAGUUUGGAGAGUGAUUAUUUAAGGCAGUGCUUCUUGUAUUGUUCUUUAUGGGGUGAGGAUGAGCAAAUACCUACAGAUGAGCUCAUAGAGUGUUGGAUGGGGCAUGGCUUAUUAGAUGAUUAUGAUGAACUUAAUGAAGCUUACAUCAAGGGUGAGACUAUUAUUGGAAUUCUUAAAGAAGCAUGUUUACUCGAAUCAGGAGUGCAACAGGGGGUUUUUGACCGUAGUGAAUUAAGAAGCAAUUUGAAGGUCCAUGAUUUGAUCCGAGAUCUUGCAUUGUGGAUAAUUUCAGGUUGUCAGGAAAAUAAUGUAGGAUGGUUAGUGAGACCUCAUAGUAACUUAGAAAGGUUACCUGAAGAUCUCAAUGGCAGGGAAGUGAUCUCUUUGGCAUAUAACAGAAUAGGAUCACUGCAUGAAUCUCCUAAUUUCCAUAAGCUCAGAACAUUUAUACUCCAAGGAAAUAAAGAACUCUGCCAUAUUUCUUCAAGCUUCUUUGUGACAAUGCACUGGCUCAAAUAUUUGGAUCUAUCCAGAACCUGUGUUACCUCUUUGCCGGAAGAGAUAGGUAUGUUGCAUGAGUUGCAAUAUCUCAAUUUGUCAUUCUCAUCUCUCAUUUCUUUACCUUCGGCUCUGGGUGAUUUGAAUAAGUUGAAGUAUCAAUAUUGUGGUGGAGCAAAAGAACUAAAUGCUAUUCCUCAAGAUCUCGUAGCAAGGCUAAAAAAUUUGAAUGUAUUGGAUUUAUAUUCAACUGGCAUCUUUUUCUUCGAAGGAGCAUUUCUUGAUGACUUGCUAAGCUUAAGCAAUUUGAAAGGAGUGGGGUUCAACAUAGACGGCCUUUCUGCAUUGGAAAAGCUCUUAUAUGUUCCUAAGCAAAGAGUACGAUUGAUAGACUCUGAUGAAUGUUUAACUUCAAUCAGCAUAUCGCCAUCCCUACUUGGAAGCAACAGCGAGUUACACCUUCAAGAACUCAAUAUCUUCUUCAUUACUGAAUUGAAGGAGUUGGUCAUGACAUCAGAGGAUAAAACUUCUUGGUGCCUUUCUCACCUAAAAAGCUUUUAUUUGAUUUUUCUCCCUAAUCUAAGGGACGUCAUUUGGGAAGAUCUAGAACCAAGUUAUUUUCUCCCCAAGCUCGCUUAUAUGGAAAUCUUUGAAUGCGGCAGCUUGACUAGCUUGUGUUGGGUUGCUCAGCUACCAUCUCUUCAGAUUCUUAAGAUAGCCAGAUGUCGUAAACUGAGGAGUAUUAUAGCUGGUGAUCGGCAUACAAUGAUUGAGGAGGGCACUGCUUUCCGAAGCCUCAAGACAUUGGCUCUUGAUGAUUUGCCAAAUCUAGAAUCCAUCUAUGAGGAGGGAAUACUAUCUUUCCCUUCCAUUGAAGUGAUUACUAUGUUCAAUUGUUGGAACUUGAGAAACCUCCCACUUGGACUUCACAGUGCUAAGAAUCUUGUUUACAUAAGAGUCUUACCACCAAACUUGUGGGAUGACAUGGAUUGGGAGUUCAAGCAUCACUUCUCCAGUUUUGUUUUAUGAUUGUCAAAUGUUAUGGUCAUUUGGAUAAAAUUGUACCCUUCUGUAUGUAUUCGUGAUAUCUCUUGUGGAAAUUACACUUUUAGCUUUCCAUCAGAAAUAUGUUCUUGUUAGUUACCCUAUGUAAAUGUAAUGUAAUUACUUCUAUCAUGUGUUUAUUGUGGCUUGAAUAAAUUGUUUUUUUUCUCU